AUGUCCAAAUUGCUAAGGAGGAAGUGGGCCUACUUUGGUUAUCAGGAGAAAGAGAUUCGAACUGCAAUCGUUUUCGGCUCUCAAGCCGAAAAUGUAAUUAUUGUCCUGGAAAAUGAUGAGGUGCUUGCUUUCGGAGAAAAUAUAAAUGGGUGUCUUGGAACCGGCGAUGAAGACGAAGUGGAUGAUGAGCUCAAGCGCAUUGAAAUUUUGUGUGGGCAAGGAAUUCAAGGGUUUGAAUAUAGUGUCGCCUUUGUUGGCGAUUGUGAAGGACAAUUUUUCUCCCUUUUCGCCAUCUCAAGAUCCGGUUCCGUGUUCUCUUGGGGAGAAAAUAAAAAUGGACAGCUUGGAUUAGGAACCACAAAAUAUACCAAAGUGCCCACAAAAAUUUCAGGCUCUCUAAAAGAGAAAAAGGUUGUCCAAGUGGCCUCUGGCGGUUUACAUACGCUGGCUUUGACUUCAGGGGGAGAGAUUAUCGCUUGGGGUGCCAACACAAAUGGCAUGUUGGGCGUAUCUUCAACUUUAAGCAAGGAAUGUAGUCCCUGCCAGGUGAUCGACCUAGAAGUCGUGAUUUCCCAAAUCGUUUGUGGACCCUUUUUCACUCUCGCUUUAUCUGACGACGGAAAAAUUUACUCAUGGGGAGAAAAUCAUAGAGGCCAGUUGGGAAAUGGGACUACCCAGUUUGUCAAGAGUCCAACCAUGAUUUCAACAAAGAUCGGAAGGGUUAGAGAAAUUGCUGCCACUCAUUACUGGGGCCACCCAUGCGCUGCAAUCACUCAGGAAAACAAGGUUUAUAUUUGGGCCGAUUACAAUUCUUGCAGAGUUGAUUUGAAACCAGUGCUCACUUCCUACUCGUCAUUUGACGAAGUUUUCGCUGUUGCCAAUCCUCCAUUGAUCUACCGACGUUUUCAAUUGAAAUUGGUGGAAGAUCAGAGCAAGGCGAAAGGCCUGAGAGUAAUUGAGCGUCUAAGGAAAGCGUUUGACAAUCCUGAAACUGCUGACUUUGCAUUUAUUGUCGAGGGGAAGAAAAUCCACGUUCACAAGACUAUCUUGACUAUCAGCAGCGACUUGUUCCAGGAUCUGUUUCUGGCGGGUGAUUGGGAGGACAGUUACCAGAAGGAAAAGAUCAUUGAGGAUCACAGCUACGACGCUUUCUACGCGUUCCUAAAAUAUUUCUACACUGAUGAAGUUGAUUUCACGCCUGACCUUGCUCUUGAUGUUUACUCCUUGGCCCACGUUUUUCGGGUGGCUGAUCUGAAGGACGAGUGCAAAAAGAUUCUCAAAUCAGGUCUUAACAGUGCAAAAUGA